UGACAUUGAACGCUUUUGAAACUCUUGCCAUUGGCUCUGCACCACAAAUCUAUAUCAUCUGGAGAGUCUGUAAAAGACUUCAUCACGGCUUUUCCUUUUCAUCUCCUACAUUUCUGAGCUCCAUCCACCGGUUCCCGAACUAUGCGAUAGCCUUCGAGAAACAUCGCGCAACAAGUCACAUCUCCGCUCAUUAAACCCCAUCCUUCGAUCCUCUCCAGGGCAGCAACGCCAUAUAACCUUCUACAAUGAACUCCUCAUUACACCUUCCACGCCAGCUGCUUGGACGCAAUGCAGUCAGAGUUCCGUCUCGCCGGCUCUCAAUCAUCGCAAAACGAACUCCCACCAGCUUAGAAUCUCCAUCACGACGACCUCUUCUUCAACAACAACGACAACAAUCUUUCCUCCUCGCACAGCAACAAUCACGACGCCACUUCCAAAUCCCACCUCUCUCCUCCCUCUUCUCAUCCAACAAUAACAAUAACAACAACAACUCCUCGGACUCAGACCGCCACCUCACCGCAACCCGCAUCCUCCCCCACCCACCAACCCCUCUGUUUCGCGUCAUUUCCUCCGUCGAAUCAUACUCCCAAUUCCUCCCCUUCCUCAGCGCCUCGACCGUAACCGCUCGAGACCCCCAUACCAACUACCCGACCCGCGCGUUUCUCACAGUCGGAUACGGCCCGUUUAGCGAAACAUUCACAUCGCGCGUCGACUGCGAUCCCGAGACAUGGGUGGUAGAAGCGCGCAGCGGAGCGAGGUUCGACGAAGCGGAAAAUAUCCCUGGGGCUGAUGAGGGGAUUUUCGAGUAUUUGGAUACGAAGUGGCGGUUGAUUCCGUUGGAAGGGGAGGGACAGACGAAGGUGCAGUUGGAUAUUCGGUUUAAGUUUCGAAAUCAGUUCCAUGCCACUAUGAUGAGUGCGGUUGAAGGGCAGAUGGCGCAGGUUAUGAUUGAGGCGUUUGAAAAGAGGAUACGGGAGGUGGUGGGUGGGAGGUAAUAAUGGUCUUGCUUUUGGUUAGGGAAUGUUGGUAUAGAUGUGUAUAGAGGGAAUAUAUAGAUUGUAAAUUAGAGGAUCGGUUCUUUCCAGUUGACGGUUUGUUUUUUAUAUUUUUAUUUUCAUGUUACGGUCGUUUUGAGAUACUUUUGUCCUGGAAAAGCUAGGUUUGGUUUUUCCCUUUUUGCCCUCGUUUCUUUUUCUUCUAUAGAAAGAGAUCAUUUGCUGUACAUCUAGACAACACAAGGGGAGAAGCUAUAAAAGAGACAAAAGACAUGGCGUGUAGUAUAAUACAAUAAAUCCGCUCGGCCUGAUCAUCUGCAAAAUGGACACCAAAUCAUAGCAUGCCCAAGCUGCGGUGUCUGUUGAUGGGAUUCCGGUUCUUCGGGGCGCUCACAGCGUUAUAGUUGUCGUAGACCACUUCCCAGUUGAUCCUGUCCCACCAGCGCUCGAGGUACUCG